CAUUUUACUACACACAAGCUGCUGUCAACACACUACGGAGCUGGACCUUACCCCACCAGAAGAAGAUUCUUCAGUGCACGUCCAUCGUGAGAACAUGAUGAAACAAACUAAUCUUGGAAAAAAGAACGAUUUAAAGGAGGCCGCUGUGGGAUUUGCACUGGGAGCAGUGGGAGGCUGCAUACUUGGAGCUACAGAGGACCCAGUGGACAAGAUUCUUUUAGUGAUGACAUCAAGUGGUCCGUUAAAGCCAGUGAUGGAGGAAGUCAGGGUGGUGGGUGCCCUGGGACUGGGGACCCUAAUGGGAGCUACAGCACUGACAACAGCAAUGACGUCAAUUAUAGCAGGUGUGAUUCUGGCAGCAGUGGUGGCUUCAGUGUUUGUGGCCACGAAAGGUUACAAUACCUCCCGCACUCAGUUUGCAGCAUUAUGGGCAUCGGCAGGAUUUGCUGGUGCCUUCGGGACCAUGCUCAGUGGAGCCACACUUGGGAUUGCAAUCGAAUGGAUUGUAAAGAAUUAUGGCAUGGUGGGACUUCUGUGGGCCCUGAGCAUAUUCACUCUACUAAAACCUCCGCUUCGGUUUGUAUUCCAGCUUCUUUGGAGGCAGGGAGAGAUGUGUUGCAGUUUGGGAUCCGAAGGCAGGUCCAUGGAGAAACAGCACAUCGAGAUUUCUGAGUGGCAGCAGAGACAGAGGGUUGCUGUGCAGAUAGAGGAGAGGAUUCUGACACUGGAGAGCGGAGGCAGCACAAGUGAGCUGAAGGACAGGACGACAUGGGCCACUGAGCAGAGAGAGAGAGACGAGCUAGAGAGGAGAAAGCUAGAGAAUGAAGAAGCUGCGAUGGAGCAGCAAACCAUCCAAGACUGGAUCAACACUGUGGUCAUCAAACAUGUUGACUUCCUGGCAUUCUCAGGGAUACCAAUGACUAUAGUUGCUAUAAUAACAUCAGGAUUUGGCUUGUUUGGGUAUGGAGGCCACCAGUCUGUGUUUAUAGUGCUUUUGGCUUUGGUUGCACUAAUAGCAUAUUUUCUUCUAAAUCAUUCUGACAUUAAGUUUUGGAUGUUUGUGGGAUGCAUGGGGAUGUUUGCAUCCUACGUCAUUGCCAUGCUCACCUUACAUGCCGGGCAGGUGGUUGUUACGAGUGCGAUGAGGAUGCGAGCAGCAGGGCACAAUCAGUCCAGAGAAACUAUCAGCACUCAUAUGAACUACCAGUCCUCUCUGGAAGCUGUCAACACAGCCUUCUUUGGUGCAAAACUGUUCCAGCUCGGCUUGGGGGCUGCGGUGGGUGGGGCACUCGUGAGGCACUCGGCUGGAGAGGUGAAAGUCAUAGCAGGAGGAGCUUCAGUGGCAGGAGGCUUAUUAUUUGGGGUGGACGUUUUAGCCCCAGCUCUAGGGGACGGGGGCACGGCUGGAGCGCUGCUGGGGGUCGUUGGAGCAGCAGGAGUGUCUGUGGGUGCAACAGCAGCUGCGGCUGGAAGAUGUUCUUCAUGGCCAGGAGCUUUGGGAACGAUAGGAGGGUUGAUUAUAGGAGCAUUAGGGAUGGGGAAAUGGCAUGCUGUCAAUAUUGGAUUACAAGUGCCUGUGGCCUAUGUAUUUGCAAUGACUAAUCCAUAUUAACAGGAUGAUAAUGAUACCAUGAAUUCCUGAUGUAUCUAAUUUCUAUGUAACAUGGAAUUCCAGUGUUGUAUAAACUCUAUCACUUGAUCAGUGAUUAUACUGUUGCUCUUAAUUGCAUGUCCCUGCGUUACUUAUUUGACUCUAAUGAAUUAAUUAUUUUCACCUUGCUCUUCGAAUGCAGCACCAGAGGAUCAAUUUUUAUGCAAAAAUACUGAGUUAU